AUGGAUGUUCAAGAGUUCGAGAAGUUGGCUUCUGUCUUCUUCCAACUAUGGGAAAUGCUCCCUAUGUACGGCGCGUGGGACAACGGUCAGGUAGAAGGUGGAAUUUAUAUCACUUUGAAGAAGGGUAGUAUCGUACCAGAUGCUGGAGAUUUGGAAUUCGAGGACGAGUGCGGUGGUAUCGAUGUGGAGAUUGAUGUAGAGAGUGACUCAGAGAAGCUACGCAAUAAUAUCUACGACCACUGCCUUGCACUCAACCGGUCGCCAAUCGAGGUCGCCGAUAUCGUUAGCAUUCAUGAGCAGAUUCAUGCCGAGUUCGGAUCCUUGUACCUUGGUCAGGAUAGAGUCGAGAUCUUCUUAAUAGAAAUGGAAUGCUUUCUGAGUAUCCUCUCGGUCGGAUCUCCGUACGCAGCUCUGAAACUAAUGCCUUGCAACCUCCUUGUGAGGCUCGCACCUGAUAUCGGUACACAACAGACGAGCGCACCUGAUGAACUCGGUACACAGCAGACGAUCGAUCUCCUCCAACUCGUUUCAGUUAUGCGUCACUACCCUCUCCUCGACGUCAGAUGGAGUGUUGAAACCACUCAAUUUCGUUUCAAUUCUCCCCACGGGAACGAAAUCACUUCUGUCGUAGAUAUCCUGAAGUCUAUGGGAACCCGGCAAGCCGAUAGACUAGAUUCUGCCGUGCUCAGGAUCCCACACAGUAUUGAUUUCUUCAAAGGGUUUAGCCUUGAUCUUAUCCCGAAAGAAGAUGUCACGAAAGAUUGGCCUCAGAUAAAGUCCCCAAGGUUAACCAAACGUGAGCUUGGAUUUGUUAUCAACUAUUCUCGUAUCUGUGUGCGAACGGAAAACCAAUUACUCAAUCGAUGA